CCAUAUCGGCAUGAUAAGCACUUGAUAUGCUUCACCAGACAUUGCAACCUGCUAAUAAGUCAUCCUUCCCUUUCGCAAGCCGAAACAAUGGAUAUCGACCAGAGUCCGAAGCCGUAGCCUAUCCUCCUGCGACCUUCGUCGACUUGCCAGCCCAACCACCACAGGACCUCCAUUUGACCCAACCACUCCCUCGUGACCACUGCACCAAACCUCUCGUCGACUUGAGCGAGUUCUUCCUUGCCUCUCCUUUGACACUACGGCCUUGAACGAAUCUUUCGACAUGGCAGACGGUGCAGGCGCCAGCAGUGGCAGUAGACCGGGCCAGUACGGUGGCAACGUCCCCAGACGCCUGUCGUAUGCUUCUGUGGCCUCAGGCGCGACUUCUCAGAACCUACCUGCUCCCACUCGAUCAGGUGUCUUUUCUCAUCUUGCAACUUCCACUCCGAGCAGCCCUUAUCCCCCUCUUUACCAAUCAGAACAUCCGCAUCAAAGACGGUACUCUCAGGAGCACGAUUCGCCCAACAACUCACAUUGGCGAAAGGCACCGUCCUUGCCCGCAUACUCAAGGAAGUUUGCAAACAUCCCAGCUUUAGGUACCGGCCACAUGCCUGCCAGUCAGUUCUUCAUACCGUCCUACCUCCGAGCAUCAAGAUAUGUCGCGAAGUUGGAAGCCGCACAUAAAGCGAAGGCGAGGAAAAAAAGAGAGCACCCGACAGGAGGAUCUUCGGCGAUCAAUUCGUUGUCUACCAGUGCUGGAAACACAAACGUCCACAGGAUAGCUCCUUCGCAUCGUGGCAUGACGUACGAUAUCAUAGAAAGCAACCCACCUAAAGAGGAGGAGCAGUUGAUGCCCUUACCGUCUCGAUGGAGUGAACAGGACAGAUACCCGGGCUUGGACGUCAUGAAUGAUGGUCUCGAUCUGAAGUACAGUGGGACUGUGAGCAAAGCGGAAAUCGAGGCAGCAUCUGUACGCGCAGACUAUCCCAUGUCACCUGCUUGUGGGAUAUAUUACUUCGAGGUGGAAAUCAAGCACAAGAGCAAAGACACAGCUAUCGCGAUUGGAUUUUCUACGGCAGAGGCAUCGCUGGAAAGGCUACCAGGUUGGGAGACGCAUUCAUGGGGUUAUCAUGGCGAUGACGGGAAGAUGUUCUUUGGUGAACAUUCCGGCAGGAAUUAUGGUCCUACCUUCGGAGCCGGCGAUAUCAUAGGUUGCGGUGUCAAUUUCAACGCAGGCUACGCUUUCUUCACGAAGAACGGACAGGAUCUUGGCAUCUGCUUCAGAGAAUUGAAAAAGGAUGUUCGGCCAUUCCCUACAAUUGGUAUGAAAAAGCACUCGGGCGCAUUGGUCACGGUGAACUUCGGACAACACCCCUUUGUAUUCGACAUUGACGACAAGAUGGAGACGGAGAAGAGCAACGUGGCAAAGGACAUUGCGAAGGCGAAACCUUCUUCUUUACAAGAGCAACGAGAUGAGAGUAGCCUCAUUCAAGAACUAGUCAUGCAGUUCCUCGCUCAUGACGGCUACGUUGAGACUGCAAAGGCGUUUGCGGAAGAGAUCCAAAAAGAGAAGGAAUCUCUAAGCAAUGCCAUUCCAAGCAGUGCAGCUGAGCCAGAACGUGAUGACACAGAUGCUGUACAUCGACAGAGUGAGUGGCUGCUUCCUGUCGAAAGACUCGGCACUAACCAGCACACAGGAAUUCGACGCGCCAUCCUAUCUGGAGAAAUCGAUCGAGCUCUCGAAUGCACUCAUGCGCAGUUCCCAACUGUCCUUGCACAAAAUCCUGACAUUGUCUUUCGACUGAAGUGCCGAAAGUGGGUUGAAUUAAUUAGCAAGACAACCGAGAUGAACACUCGAAAGCCGUUGAACGAGCGUAAAGCUAGCAAUGGCUUUGGCAGGACAUCAGCUACCGAUGACGACUUCGCUCAGGAUAUGGAGCUUGACGACCAGCCUCACGCCCAAACCACGAGUAAUGGUCUGGGCAAAUCAGCGGCAGACGAGACCAUGCUCCAGCACGAUCAACUGCUCAUCGAAGCCAUGCAAUACGGCCAGGAAUUAAUGAGAGAAUACCGAGACGAACAAGGAGAUUAUGCGAAAACACUUGAAGAUAUAUUCAGCUUGGUUGCUUACAAUGAUCCAAAAGACAGUGUUCAUGGUCAUCUUCUUGAUCCUUCAGGUAGAGUGACGGUUGCAGAGGAGCUCAACUCUGCAAUACUGGUAUCAUUAGGACGAUCGCCUUCUGCUGCCUUGGAGAGGACUUGGAAACAGACCGAGACGUUGAUUGACAUGCUUGAGGUGGAGGGCGGGCCUGCGGCCUUCGUCAAUCUGCAAGCGCAGUUUGACUCUGACUCUUGAUUACUUUUGCAAGGGACCGUGCCGCGUUGACAUGAAGAGGAGAUGGUGCACUUUUGGAGUACUUGGGUUAUCGAGACCAGGGAUGGUUUCCGCCUGCGCUACAUAUUCUGGCGCUCUAGCAAGUCGCGGUGUUCAGAUCACGGGCAAUUGAAGGGGCUUUAACUACGGUAUGGCGGGCACUCGAAAGGCAUCUCAGCAUAUAGGUAGCGAUAUAGAAGUUGGAUCCUCCCUUUUCAUCUUCCACCUUUGCGUGCGGAAAGCGGUGGAAGAGGACGAUGAACGAG